UCAAUUUCACAUACACAUCAAAAUCAAUAAAAAAAUAAAACAAAAUCUCAUAUUCACUCCCAUUAAAUUCCACAAAGGCACAAAUCAUUUUGCCAUUCAUUUCUUUUUUCAAGGGAAAAGAAGAACUGGAAGAACUAUUGGCAAAGAGAGAUGUUGCAGGGGUUGAAUAGAAAUGGGGCUUAUAUUAUCAUCAACUGUUCCUUUCAUUUUUCUGAAUGGCAUCCUUUGGAGUUCACCAAAUUAGCUGAUUAAUAUUACUUUGCAUCCUUCCUCUAUAGUUAUAGAAUUACUCAGGUGCAAGUGUGAUGGAGAUGGGAUGUUGUGGUUGUUUCGGAUUUUCGUUUGCAAAGAAGCACAAGAAGGAAUUGAGGCCAAGGGUAGAAGGGGGGAAUCAUGUUUUACAAGGGUUGUUGUUGAAUGAAGAGAGAGAAGAGGAUGAGGAAGAAGAAGAUGAAGAUAAUUUGUAUUGUGACUACAUGACGGACAAUGAGAAGGGUGAUCAUGAAGAGUUCAUAAACCCUUCCAAAAGCUCUCAAGAGAUUCUUAUAUUUAGGACGGAAAACGGAUUGAUUUGCAGGGAGUUCCCUGUGAUGGAAACUUACAAAGUAAUAAAAUCAGAGGAUGAUAAUGGGAACAAGAUGGUGAAUGAGUAUGUUCGGGAGCGUAAAAUUGGCUCUGGUAGCUACGGAAAAGUGGUACUGUAUCGAAGCCAGGUUGAUGGGAAGCAUUAUGCGAUUAAGGCCUUCCACAAGUCUCAUUUAUCCAAGCUACGAGUUGCCCCUUCCGAGACGGCCAUGACUGAUGUUUUUCGUGAGGUCUUAAUCAUGAAGAUGCUAGAUCAUCCUAACAUAGUGAAUCUCAUUGAGGUGAUUGAUGAUCCCAACAUGGAUCACUUUUACAUGGUUCUUGAAUAUGUUGAAGGCAAGUGGGUCUUUGAGGGUGCUGGUCCGCCAGGUGGCCUGGGUGAAGAUGUUGCAAGGAGAUAUCUGCGCGAUAUAGUCUCUGGAUUGAUGUAUCUCCAUUCUCAUAAUAUUGUUCACGGAGAUAUUAAACCCGAUAAUCUUCUGGUUACUGCUACUGGCACGGUGAAGAUUGGUGAUUUCAGUGUUAGCCAGGUUUUUGAGGAUGAAAGUGACAUGCUUCGCCGCUCCCCUGGAACUCCUGUUUUUACUGCUCCUGAGUGUUGUCUAGGUAAAAGUUAUCAUGGCAAACUUGCGGAUACCUGGGCAGUAGGAGUUACCUUAUACUGCAUGAUAUUGGGGCAGUAUCCCUUUCUUGGAGACACACUGCAAGAUACAUAUGAUAAGAUUGUUAAUGAUACCCUAUAUCUCCCCGAGGAUAUGAACCCCCUGCUCAAGGACCUUAUUGAGGGGCUUCUCUGCAAAGAUCCUACACAACGGAUGACUCUUGGAAAGGUUGCUUUGCAUUCGUGGGUCAUGGGAGAUGUCGGACCGAUCCCCCAAUAUCUUUGCUGGUGCAAACAGAACAAGUUACAGAAAGAAGAAUAUACUGGGAGCAGAAACGACAAUAUAACCAAUACAAACUAAGGUGUUUUUGCGUUUGUUUUGCUUAACAGUUCUGUUGUACAUUAAGAUCUAAUUAUCAUUCAUGAGUUUAAAGUAAGGUUUUGACGAAUGGAAAGGGCACAAGGUUAGAUAAUAGUUUGGAAUUUCAUGAGCUGUGACAUUUAUUGUCACAUUUUGAUGUGAAAUGGCUCUGAAGUUGGAUAAAUAUCUGCCUGGAUCCAUUCUAUAAGUGUUAGAAGAACCAACGAGAAUCAAAGGGUAUUUGGCCUGGUGGUAUUCGAGAUGGUCGAAACAAUAAAGAGGUUGUGGGUUUGAGACCCAUUAGAGACAAAUACAGAUAAUUGUAUGGUGUGAAAAUUGGUUUUUAAAAAGAGAACCAACAAGAAAUGAGAUUAAUUGAUUGACUUUUUGCUAGUUCUCGACCUAAUGAACCGAAAAGGGCUUUGAUGGGUUGGCUUCUUAGGCCAUGUUGUUUCAUUUUUCUUUAUGCCUAACAUUCUACAACUAUAUUCAUGCAAAUCUGUCAAGUUGAAUUUA